AUGCCUAUGGAAGUAUGGGUUGGUCCUUGGAAGCCCCACAGGGCAAGGGGCCCCAUUGCUGCAAUGUAUAACAGUCCAGGGCCAACAUAUUCUCUGCCAGGGGCAACUGGAAUGAACAACCAUGACCCGCAGAUGCAGAAAGGCCCAGCAUUCAGCUUCGGCACACGUCAUCGUGACUCACAGGCCAACUCUUCCCCAGGUCCUGGAUACCUCGUUCCCUCCAACAUCACCAGGGUGGGUCGGGAUGGAACCCCUGUGUACUCCGUCUAUGGCCGAGCUAAGGAUAUUCAGCCCUUUAAAACCCCUGGCCCAGGCAGUUACUCCCCUGAAAACGCAAUAAAAACCACCUUUUACUCUGCCCCUGCGUUCUCUCUGUCUGCUAGGACUAAAUUGUUUCGUAAUGACCAAACACCAGGUCCAGCUGCAUACAUGCUUCCCCCAGUAUUAGGGCCAAGAGUUGUGAAUAAAGCAUCUGCCCCAAAUGUCUUCUUCGGCGGUCGUAGCGCAAUCGGCAGCUUCUAUGAAGAUCUACGGAAGACUCCAGGCCCAGGGACCUACCAAGUGGUGAAUUCAGGUGUGUACAAACACAAGGCCCCUGAGUACAGCAUGACCGGACGCAACUUCUCACCUGGAGACACUACAAAGAAACCAGGACCUGGAGCCCACCAUCCAGAAAGGGUUACUUUCACAGGAAUCAAAGCUCCCAGCUUUUCCUUUGGAAUUCGUCAUUCUGAGUACACCGCUCCUUUAAUUGUGGAUGGGGCUGAUUAA